AUGAAGUUCAUCAGCCAGCUAUCUGUCGCCGCUCUGGCUUCGUACGCCUCCGCUGCUUCUGUGGACGUUAACAAGCGAGAGACACCUCUCAGUGUUCAGCUUACGGCGGCCGGUAACUCAGCGGUCAAGGUUACUCUGACCAACAGCGGCGAGAAGAACCUGAACCUUCUCAGCAAGGGCACCUUCUUGGACGAGCAGCUCCCUGUCGAGAAAGUUUCGGUGUACUCCGCGGGAGGCAGCGCUAAGGUUCCUUUCGAGGGUAUCAAGGUCCGCCUAUUGACCUCCGGUCUCAGUGCGGAUGACUUCCUCUCCUUGGCAGCUGGAGAGACGAAAGAGCUGACGGUUGAGACCGCUGCUCUCCACACCUUGGAUGCUGGAGGUGACUUUGACAUCUUCGCCAAGGGCCUCCUUCCGUUUGCUGAGGAGGGCUCAACCGAGCUUGCCGGCUCCUUCAACUACGAGUCCAACAAGCUAGCCAUGUCCAUCGAUGGAGCCCAGGCCGCUCAGGUCGCCAAGGCUCUCACCAAGCGAACAGUCAUUGGCUCAAGCUGCACCGGAACUCGCCUCUCUACUGUCCGGACUGCUCUGUCCAACUGCGCAAGGCUUGCAACCUCUGCGGCAACAGCUGCCACAGCCGGCACAAAGCUCACGACAUACUUCAAGUCGACGACCACUGCCACGAGGAACACAGUUGCUGCUCGCUUGAGGGCUGUCUCAACUGACUGCGGCGGUACCUCGUCUAGGACGUCUACCAACUGCAAUGACCCGUACGGUGGAUGCGCAUCCAACGUCCUUGCCUACACGGUCCCCUCCGCGAACUUCAUCACCUAUUGCCCGAUCUUCUUCAGCGAUCUUCCAGCGCUGUCAUCGACCUGCCAUGGACAGGAUCAGGCGACCACUGUCCUGCACGAGGAAACCCAUGCUCCGGGUGUCUACAGCCCAGGAACAGACGACUUGGGCUACGGCUACGCUGCCGCUACCAGACUGUCCACUGCCAAUGCCCUGAACAAUGCUGAUUCAUUCGCUUUGUACGCCAACGCCGUCUACCUCAACUGCUAA